GGGUUGCAUUUCGGCGCCUUUCUGCCCUCCACGCUCACGAUUGGCUGGCGUGGAGCGAAAGAGGCGGGACAAAUUGCCGCGGGUUCAGUGCCGCCACUGGAACCGGGAGAUGCGGCGCAGAAGCUGUCGCUGUGUUGGCUUUUCCCCGGGUCUCGUCUUGUACUGCGGCUCCUUCUGCGGUUUCGGUCAUGUUGUUACCUUCGGACGUAGCCCGGCUGGUCCUGGGUUAUUUACAACAGGAAAACCUCACUUCUACCUGCCAGACUUUUAUUUUGGAAAGCUCAAAUUUAAAAGAAUAUGCAGAACACUGUACAGAUGAUGGUUUUAUCCCAGCCUGCUUACUGUCCUUAUUUGGAAAAAACUUGACAACAAUUUUGAAUGAAUAUGUAGCUAUGAAAGCAAAAGAAACAUCAAAAGAUGUCCCAGCAAUAAUGUCAUCUCUGUGGAAGAAGUUAGACCACACACUUUCUCAGAUCAGGAGCAUGCAAAGUUCUCCAGGGUUUGCUGCCAGUCAGAGAGUCCGAACAAGAAAUGGAAUUGCUGAAAUCAAGCGGCAAAGAAGACUUGCAUCUCAAGCAGCUCCUGUCAGCUCAGAAUUGCUGACUUUACCUUACCUUCCAGAACAAUUCACUGCUUCUCCUUUGACAGCUACACCAGUUAAUCGGCCAACGGGCCAGAUUUCAGCUUCUUUAAGAUCAAAUUUUGUAGUUGUCAACCAUUCACAGUCACAAGACACUGUGACCACUGGAGAAACUUUAAAUAUCAUUCCUGGUCCUCAGGAAAAGAAAAAUCAUGCCAGUUUAAUGUCACCUGGUAGGCGCAAAAGUGACUCUCAAAGGAAAACAAUCACUCUUUCUGGGCCUCAUUCAACAAUACGAAAUUUCCAAGAUCCAAAUGCAUUUGCAGUAGAAAAACAAAUGGUUAUUGAAAAUGCACGGGAAAAAAUACUAAGCAACAAAUCUCUUCAGGAAAAACUUGCAGAAAACAUCAAUAAAUUUUUGACUAGUGACAACAAUAUUGCUCAAGUACCUAAGCAGACAGAUAGCAGCCUUACUGAGCCAGAAACCUCAAUUGAUGAACUAUUUGGACUUCAGAGUGAAAUUCACAUGUCUGAAGAAGUUAUACAGGAUAUAUUGGAACAAACAGAAUCAGAUCCAGCAUUUCAGGCACUGUUUGAUCUCUUUGACUAUGGUAAAACAAAGAAUAAUAAAAAUAUAUCACAAGGCAUUUCUGACCAGCAUAUGGAAACUGAUGCCAAUGUUGUCUUAGUAGAUGAAACAAAUCUCUCAGUUAAAGAUUCUUUUAAAACAGAAGAAUCUGAUGCACGAUCUGUUGAGCCCCCAUUUUGUACAUCCUACCAAAGUGAAGACUCAGCAAAUGCUUUGAAGGAUGGCACCAACCAGAAUGAUCUUAGACAGGAAGUCCGGGAACAUUUUCCCCAAAUAAGCCCUAGCAUACAGAAAAAGGCCUUUAAAACAGUUGUACCUUCUCAACAAAAGUGUACCCUUGAUAUUACCUUUGAAUCUGUGCCUAACUUGAAUGACUUUAACCAAAGAGUAAAUUCUAAUGCUGAAUGUAAUCAGCAUUGUGCUGAAUUAUACAGCAGUCAGGUGACCGCUGAAACUGAAAUGGCUCUGGAAGUUGAAAACAAUUCUUUGUGUCCAAGUGUGCCAAAUGAGUCUCAUUUACAGCCUCAUCAAUGUGAUAUACCAAUAACUUCAUUUGUUUCCCUUGGUGGUGAAACUAACAAUGAAAACUUAAUCCUCUCUGGGAAAACUUCUCAAUUUUUAUCCCAUAAUACUCCAUUAACUGGGAAGCCAACUAGAAAAAGUCAAUUUUGUGAAAGUUCUAAGGAUACAGGAAUACUUAAAACUAGUCUGCUUGGUUCCAAGUCACCAGAUUCUAGUGAAAUUCACCAGAGUAAAAUUGAAAUUAAUAAUGUAUUACCAGUUGCAUCACAACAGCUUUCAGAUUGCCAAGGUAAUUCUUCACUUCAGAGUAAAAUAUUACCAGUGUCUGUUGAAAGUUCAUGUUUAAAUAUAUCUGAACAAGUAGAAAUUUGUGUUGGCGAUUCAUUAUCUUCAAUUAAACACCCAUCUAAUGAUUCAUCACCUAUUGAAUUAAAUCAUACAGACCAAGAAAUUCUGCCCUCCAAGUCUGAGAAAGUUGUUUUGGAGUCACAAGAGCCUUCAUCUUCUGUAAAAGAAGGUGGAGAAAGUAUUUUUCUCUCUUUAGGUGAAAAUGAAAACUGUAGGGAAGUUGCAUUGAUCCCUCCAGAAGGUAAUCCUAUAGAAGAUAGACACACUCUUCCUUCUGAACCUGUGUGUUCUUCAAUGGGAGAUUCUCGCCCUGAGUCCCAAAAUACUGGUAAAUCUGCUGGUGACAACUCAAAUGAGAUAGAUGCAUCAAAUAUUGUGUCUCUGAAAAUUAUCAUCAGUGAUGAUCCAUUUGUUUCCUCGGAUGCUGAACUUAAUAGUGCUGUUUCUAGUAUCAGCGAAGAAAACUUGCCAACUAUAAUUUUGUCUUCUGCUAAAUCACCUGCAAAAAAUGCAGAAUUAGUUAAGUGCCUGUCUUCAGAAGAAACUGCAGGUGCCACCACAUCUGCUGAAGGAAUAGAGGAUUCAGCUUCAGUGGAACAGAGCCUGCUAGGGCUCAAACCUGAAGACUCUGCAGUGAACGGCACUCAGAAUGAGGACAGCAUAGCUUUUUCAGCGAAUGUUUCACCGUGUGUUUCAAAGGAUGGAGGAUACAUACAGUUGAUGCCAGCCACAAGCACAACUUUUGGCAAUUCAAAUAACAUUCUAAUAGCUACCUGUGUGACUGAUCCAACAGCCUUGGGAACAACUGUAAGUCAGUCUAAUGUUGUGGUGUUGCCUGGAAACUCUGCACCUAUCACUGCUCAACCUCCACCACCUCAGUUACAGACACCACCCAGGGCAAACAGUGUAUUUGCUGUCAACCAAGCUGUGUCACCCAGCUUUUCACAAGGAUCUGCCAUCAUAAUCGCUUCUCCAGUCCAGCCUGUACUCCAGGGAAUGGUGGGAAUGAUCCCUGUGUCUGUGGUUGGACAGAAUGGAAAUACCUUUUCUGCUCCUCGACAGGUCCUUCAUAUGCCUUUGGCAGCACCUGUAUGCAGUAGAAGUAUCUCUCAAUUCCCCAUCCCUCCAAAAUCUCAGAAGACUCAGGGAGUAAGAAGCAAGCCUUGUACAGGAAAACAGGUAAAUAAUUUGGUGGAUUCGUCGAGUCAUUUAGUUGGAUGCUCUGCCCAAAGAGUUGAAGUUUCUGACAAGAAGUUGACCACAGAUCUUGGGAAAAAAUUGGAAGAAACCACCGUUCCCUUGUCAGCAGAGAAUGUAGUUCCAACUAGCAAGCCAUUUGAAAGCCACAGGCGUGUACUUUGUUUUGAUAGCACUGCUUCUCCUGUGGCAAAUACACAGGGGCCAAACCAUAGGGUGGGGUCCCACAACAAAGAGAAGAAUGACGUUUUACUUCCUAAUCUUGACUUACCCCUUUCGUCCUCCACCUUAAAACCCCCUUCUCAUAAUGCUCUCAAAAGAGAGAAACCUCCUGUGCCUAAGAUUUUAUCUAAAUCAGAAACUGCCAUUAGUAGACAUACCACCAUAAAAGAAACUCAGUCAGAAAAGAAAGUUUCACCAACAGAAGCUGUACUUGAAUCUUUCCAUAAAGCAACAGCUAACAAGGAGAAUGAAUUAUGCAGUGAUAUGGAAAGAAAAAAUCCAGAAACCUCAAAACUGUCUAAUGGACAGCAAAAUGGGGGUUUAAGAAAUGAGAAAACUAUAACUUCACUGCAAGAACUAACCAAAAAACAAGGCACAGCCUCAAAUGGUAAAAAUGUCACUUCAGUGGGUCCAACUGUGAAGGAUCUGAAACAAGAACAGACCAAAUCUGCCAAUUCUUUGAUGAGCCCCCUAACCAAACAUCCUUCAGAAAUGUUACAAGAUGUUCAGUGGCAUAGUCCAGUCAGUAGGCUCCCUGAUAGCGCUGACUUACCUGUUCCCCGGACACCUGGCUCAGGGGCAGGGGAAAAGCAUAAGGAAGAACCUGCUGAUGGUAUCAAGGUCCCCUCCAGCAGGCGUUUCGGUGAGGACAGUAGCGUGCCCAAAGUGAUGGUCCCCCCUGUCACUCCAGACUUGCCUGCCUGCAGCCCCGCCAGUGAGACUGGGAGUGAGAACAGUGUAAACAUGGCUGCCCACACACUGAUGAUUCUCUCUAGAGCAGCCAUCUCAAGAACUGCUUCUACUCCUCUGAAAGACAACACGCAGCAGUUCAGGGCCUCUUCAAGGAGCACAACAAAAAAGCGGAAAAUUGAGGAAUUAGAUGAGCGGGAGCGCAGCCGUACUUCUGGUAAAAAUCUUGCAAAUUCAUCAAUACCAAUGAAGAAGAAGAAAAUUAAGAAAAAGAAGCUACCCAGUUCAUUUCCAGCUGGAAUGGAUGUGGACAAAUUUUUGUUAUCAUUACAUUAUGAUGAGUAAAUAUGAACGUAUUAGAAUAAUAGGUGUAAAACUCUUAUCCCUUAAGCUGUGAGUGUAGGGAAUGAGAUAUUGACAGACUCUGAAAGCAUGACCUGCACUUUCCUUGUACUGAAAUUUCACUUUAUAUCUAAAUCAUGCUGUUUCUGAAGCAGCUUCCUACUUGUAAAUAGAUUUAACUGGUAUAUUUUUUAUUUUGAAAAAAAUUUGCAGAAAUGUAAGUAAAGCCAAUCUGCAAAACUGUAUAGCUUUGACAAUUGCAUAUGUAAAUGUUGUAUAAAUCUUAUUGAAAUAGAGCUUAGAUCAACCUAAUAUUCUUACACUGUGUUUUUUGACUUAUGAUCCCUCAUUCUGAGGCUUAUUCAUCUGAAAUAGUUUCUCACUUUUGGGGGGAAAAUGCUUUUCCUUGUAGAUUGCUUUCAGUAACUGUCCAACUAGACACUGAAAGACAUAGCCACUAAGUAAUACAAAAUGAUAACUACUUCACCUGGUAGUGAUCAGAAAAUAAGUGUUUGGAGUUUUUCACCCCUUCUUAUAAUUGCAGUAAAGAAUAUAUUUCUGGACUUUACACCUUAAUUGUUUCUUCUGGUCAUUCUGGACUUCUCUUUUAAAAUGGGAAUUUUGUAAACCAUUUGCGCGUCCUGAUCCUUUGUUUAUAACUUUUAAGGUCUUUUACAGAACUAAGUCUCGACUAUUGAGCCAUAUAAAAUUUGGUUAUGUAGUUGGAAUUUCUUGGUAUGUAUAUUAUUUUCCCCUGAAUACUGGGGAUCUAAAGAAUUGCACUAAUUCAUAAACCUCUUUACAUAGUAGUGACCAAUGCACAUUUAAUUUAAAUCUUGUAUUCUAUAUUAAAGUGUGUGUGAAGGAUUAUCUUCUGGUAUUAUUUUAGAAAGCCAUGUCCAUCAUAAGAUGUAAAAAGAGGAAUCAUAGUUUUAUAUUUUAAUUUAGUUUCUUCUAAGUGGGCUGUUAAAUGACUGUAUCUGUAUAGCACAUUGUCUUUGAGCCCCUCAAAGUGUCAUAAAGAAUUAUUCUCAAAAAAGUCCUUAAGGAGAAAGAGGUGCCUUUUCUGUAUUAAACAUAAACAUCAGUCAAGUUGAAGAAUUGGCUUAAACUUUUAAAUGAGAACAGAAAUUAUGCAGGUUCCCCCUGCUAUCCAAAAGUAGGACAUUCCUAUUUGGUAUGAUCUGGUAGGUUAUUUUAGGAGUCUGAGAACACUGAAAAGGUUUUCCAUAUAAAUGGUAAAAGUAUUCCUAGACCCAAAAAAUAACCUGCCGAAACAUACCAAAUCAGAACAUUGUGCUUUCAGAUUGCGGGGGAAACCUGUAAUUUGUAUGUGACCAAUUGUGCCUAGAUAUUAAAGUAUGUUCUUUUAAGUGUUUUCUGUUUGGUUUCAUAUCAAUAUAUUAAAG